AUGGACAGUCUAAAAAAAAUAGUGGCAUAUAAAGCAGUUGAUGAAUAUGUCCAAUCUAAUAUGACAAUUGGACUUGGAACAGGAUCCACUGUUUUUUAUGUUAUUGAAAGAAUUGAUGCAUUAAUGAAAAGUGGGAAAAUAAAAAAUCUAAUAUGUGUUCCAACUAGUAUAGAUACAGAAAUUAAGGCAAAAAGCUUAGGAAUUCCUUUGACAAGCUUAACAAAAAAUUUAAAAAUUGAUAUUGCAAUAGAUGGAGCUGAUGAAAUAGACUCCGACUUAAAUUUAAUAAAAGGACGGGGGGGUGCACUAGUUCGUGAAAAGCUAGUUGCAGGAAAUGCCUCAUGCUUUAUAAUAAUUGUUGAUGAAUCGAAAAUGUGCGAAGAUGGGCUAGGGACAACAGGAGCUGUUCCAAUCGAAAUUCUAUCUUUUGGUUAUGAAAUAAUAAUUGAAAAUUUACUAAAAAUAUCAGCUCUUAAAAAUUGUAUAUAUAGAUUAAGAGAAAAAAAUGGAGAAAUUUUUAUAACUGAUAAUAAUAAUUAUAUUGUUGAUUUUUUUUUUGAUAAUCCGAUUGAAAACUUGGCACAAACUUGUGAACAAAUUAAAAUGACAACGGGAGUAAUAGAUCAUGGAAUUUUUGUUAACAUGGCGAGUAUCGCUUUAAUAAGCAAAAUAAAUGGAACAAUUUUGACACUAAAAAAAAAUAAAGGAAUAAAUUAA